CACAUCCAUAUGGCUGUGGUUCAGAUGUGGGAAAUAAGAAAUCUGUGCUGCUAGCUAACGCUCCACAGCUGUUAUGGGAUUGUAACGGCCGGAAAAGACGAGUGGUCUCCGGCUACAGGAUAACAGAACCGUCGCUAGGCUCCAAACACUUUAAGAAAGAUAAGUUUAUACUACUGGGUACUUUUUUGUUGACCUUAUCCGACGGCCAUGUCCUUGUUUAAAUAGCUGUGGUUGUUGUCGAGGAUGGCCGCAGACGUGGAUCAGACAAUCCCCGAGGAUGAGCGCAAAAUCUCGCCGCAGAAAGGGAACCAGAGUCCCACUACUGGGUACUGGAUCUGCCGGGGGAUCUGGAUUCUGCUUCUAAUCGGUGCUGUCCCUCUUCUCGCCUUCGGGAUCAAGUAUUACCAAGAUGCCCAGCUCCACAAACGUCAUGAGGAGAGUAUUCGAACCCUGGGUGCAGAAGGGCUUUUUCUCUUCUCCUCUUUAGAUACUGACCAUGACCUUUAUCUCAGCCCGGAGGAGUUUAAACCCAUUGCAGAGAAACUCACAGGAAUUACACCCCCGGUGGAUUUUGAGGAGGAUGUGGCCCAUGACCCCAAUGGAGAGACUUUGAUGUUGGAGGCCCAAAUGCAGCCUCUGUUGAUGGACUCCAUGACAAAAAGCAAGGAUGGUUUCCUCGGGGUGUCUCACAGCUCUCUGAGUGGGCUGCGCUCAUGGAAGAGCCCAGCAGUCCCCACCUCCUCUUUCUCUGCCAGCCAGUUCAGGGCCUUCUUGCCCCCAAAGAACAAAGAUGAAGUGGGAGACACAUGGUGGGUGAUUCCCAGCGAACUCAACAUCUUCACUGGAUACCUGCCCAACAAUCGCUACCACCCUCCCUCACCAAAGGGCAAAGAGGUUCUCAUCCACUCCUUGUUGAGUAUGUUCCACCCGCGGCCCUUCAUGAAAUCCCGCUUUGCCCCUCAGGGCGCAGUCGCCUGCAUUCGUGCCAGCAACGACUUUUAUUACGACAUUGUGUUCAGAAUUCAUGCAGAAUUCCAGCUGAAUGAUGUUCCAGACUUUCCCUUCUGGUUCACCCCGGGGAAGUUCAUUGGAAACAUUGUGCUCUCUAAAGAUGCAUCUCAUGUCCGCCACUUUCAUCUCUACGUCCCCAAUGACAGGUCUCUGAAUGUGGACAUGGAGUGGCUGUACGGGGCCAGUGAGAGCAGCAACAUGGAGGUGGACAUCGGAUACCUGCCGCAGUUAGAGCUGCAGGCCACGGGCCCGUCCACUCCCUCCAUCAUCAUGGAUGAGGAGGGUAACAUCAUCGACAGCCAAGAUGGCAACAGCGAGCCGAUCCAGUUCAUCUUUGAGGACAUCCACUGGACCUCGGAGAUCAGUGAGGAGGAAGCCACUCGACGGCUGGAGGUCACCCUCUACCCCUUCAAGAAGGUGUCCUACCUGCCCUUCUCAGAAGCCUUUGAGCGAGCGGCAGCAGAGAAUAAACUGGUGCACUCCAUUCUGCUUUGGGGAGCAUUGGACGAUCAGUCCUGCUGAGGUUCGGGGCGAACUCUCCGGGAGACCGUCCUGGAAAGUUCGCCCGUCAUGGCCCUGCUCAACCAGAGCUUCAUAAGCAGCUGGUCUCUGGUCAGAGAGCUGGAGAACAUGCAGACUGAUGAGCAGAACCCUGUGCUGAGUGAAAAGGCCAAAUUACACCUGGAGAAUUACAACUUCCCCGUGGAGAUGAUGGUGGCACUGCCCAAUGGAACUAUUGUCCACCACAUCAACGCCAACUUCUUCCUGGACCAGACGGCUAUGAAACCAGAGGAGGAAGAAGCAACUUUCAGCUUCUCUGCUGCGUUCGAGGACCCCUCCACAGCCACUUAUCUCAGCUUCCUGAAGGAGGGGUUGGAGAAAGCCAAGCAGUACCUGGCACAGUAAUUAGAGUGUGCGAUAGAGCCUGAGAAACUCAAAAAAGGAGGAAAUAAUCAUAAUUCCUCUGGGUAAUGAUGCGAGAUAAGGAAAAGCCUCCAACAAUUAUGUAGAGAAGUUUUCUCAUCCAUGUGGCAGCUGAUAAACGUUUUCACCCUCUGUCCUUUUUGUUGCUAUUUAUUUAGUCAUCUCCUGUUUAGUUAGUUUUAAACACAAUAUUGACAUUGUGACAAACAGUACAGGGACAUAUUCUCAAGCCUUAUGUUACUCUCAGUAUAGUAUAUUUGCAUUCUAAUGAGAUACAGUAACAGACAUCUGCUCUCUGCUUGUAGCUGCUGAUUUAAGUUGAUAUAAAUAUAGACAGAGGCCCAUCGUAGCUCAACGAAACACCCGGCUUUCAUAUCCCUGUGUCGCACGUGCAAUAUGAAUCGACUGAGUGUGAUUUCCUGCUGCUGAGCGAACCCAGAGACGGGGCCUGUGUUGCCUUCAGUUGUGUCUCAGCAGUUUGUGAAGAUGUUGUCUGAAAGCCCUCUGUGGGCUGGGCGGCGCCUGAUGUUUUUGCUGAGGCGGCUGCAGGGAACACCCUCUCUGACUCAGGGGACUGAAGCAGCAGGAAACAUUGGGCUGUGGUAUAUACAAUUGUUAAUUUAGUUGUUUUUUUGUUUGAAACCAAUUUUUGAAUAUUUUGCCAAUUUUCUGUUCUUGUGGAAUGUGUGACCACACCAAAGAAGAUUGAUUUUUUUAUUAUGUACAGCUGUUGAAGUUCAUAUUUAUGUAACUCGAUGGAACCAAAAGGACUUAUGUUUGAUUGUUUAAAUGACAGACACGUGAUACCUUGUUAUGUUGUUUUCCUCUUUCAUGAUCUAGUAAAAGCAAUGUAUUUGCUCUUGUCUUAAGCGUGACAAGAGGAAAUCAUUGAUGUUUAAGAGUAACAACAUGACUAUUGGGACCUACCAUUAGGCUAAUGGCUGUUGAAAGACUUAAGUCUGUUUUUACAAUACGUAUAAUUCUUAUAUUUUUCAGUCAUACAAAAAAAAUGUUUUCCUCUUCAGGUCCUUGUCUUAUUUUACUAUACAAUUAAAGAACACAGGGAUCAAGAACACUAGUUUAUAUAGUUGCAGUGAAAUUUGAUAAAUGUGGUAACAUUAACCUGGAAUGUGACUUUGUGAAAGUAUUGCACUCUCAAGGUCAUACAAGCUCCCCUCCACGUGAAACAUCUGAAUGAUUGGAGUCUUUAAGGGGAAAUCACUACCAGGGCCAUUUUUUCAAAGCCUGACAUAAUAAAAACAUUUUUGCUACAAA